UAGUGGUCCGACAGGCAUGACGGUGAAGAGAAACUGGGUCACCGAUUGAAAAUCGUUUAUGUCACACUUAUGUGUGUUGCUAUUACAUAUUACCAGCGGCGUUCAAUGGAUGGAUUAGUCCCUCUGGAUCUUUUAUGUAGACAGGCCCCAGCUGCUUAAGGAUCUGAUCAUACGAGGGGAGACCACUUCAAAGUGGAUGAAACUAGGUCAGGCUGAAUCAAACCAGACUCAGACCAGAUCACAACAGAGCAGACCAGACUGAUUCAGACGAUACCAGGCUCGUCCAGGAAGCCUGUUCCAGUUUCCUGUCCAGUUGAGGGCUCCAGAGUGGAUGGAAGGAGAUGAUUUUAACACACAGGCUGUGAUGAACAUCUGUGAUGACCUGAUGGCAGACCAAAGGAUGGACAUCUCGUCUACAAUGACCGACUUCAUGUCCCCCAGCUCCACUGACCUCAUCUCCAGUUCCAUCAGCACGCCUGGCAUGGACUACACCCGCAAAAGGAAAGGCAGCACCACCGACUACCAAAUUGAUGGCUUCUCAUUUGACGACAUGGACCCAGAUAAAGAUAAACUGGGCAGUGACCAACAGGGCAGGAUUAAGAAUGCCAGAGAGGCUCAUAGCCAGAUCGAGAAACGUCGCAGAGACAAGAUGAACAGCUUCAUAGACGAGCUGGCGUCACUGGUGCCCACCUGCAAUGCCAUGUCCCGCAAGCUGGAUAAACUGACAGUCCUCCGGAUGGCUGUCCAACACAUGAAGACGCUCAGAGGUGCAGCCAACCCGUACACAGAGGCAAACUACAAGCCUUCCUUCCUCUCAGAUGAUGAACUGAAGCACUUGAUACUAAGGGCUGCUGACGGCUUCCUGUUUGUGGUCGGAUGCGAUCGUGGCAAGAUCCUGUUCGUUUCUGAAUCCGUGUACAAGAUUCUCAACUACAGCCAGAAUGACCUGAUAGGUCAGAGCCUGUUUGACUACCUUCACCCCAAGGACAUCGCCAAGGUCAAAGAGCAGCUGUCGUCCUCUGAUACAGCCCCACGAGAGAGACUCAUCGAUGCUAAAACUGGUCUUCCUGUGAAGACGGACAUCACCCCCGGUCCUUCUAGACUCUGUUCUGGAGCCAGGCGGUCAUUUUUCUGCAGGAUGAAGUGCAACAGGCCGUCUGUCAAAGUAGAAGAUAAAGACUUUCCCUCCACCUGCUCUAAGAAAAAAGCGGACCGUAAGAGCUUCUGCACUAUCCACAGCACGGGCUACUUGAAGAGCUGGCCACCUACCAAGAUGGGUCUCGACGAAGACAAUGAACCCGACAACGAGGGCUGCAACCUGAGCUGCCUGGUGGCCAUCGGCCGCCUGCACCCCCACAUCGUCCCCCAGCCCAGCCUGGCAGACAUCAGGGUGAAGCCGACAGAGUACGUCUCCCGGCACGCCAUCGACGGCAAGUUCGUCUUCGUCGACCAGAGGUGAGAGGCAAAAGAGCGUAAAGGAACUUCCUUCUACGAGUAUUUCCACCAGGACGACAUCAGCCACCUGGCAGAAUGUCAUAGACAAGUGCUACAGAUGAGGGAGAAGAUCAACACCAACUGUUACAAGUUCAAGAUCAAAGAUGGCUCCUUCAUCACGUUAAGAAGCAGAUGGUUCAGCUUUAUGAACCCCUGGACCAAGGAGGUGGAGUACAUCGUGUCUACCAACACUGUGGUGUCGUGUCCUAUGAUGGAGGGAUCAGAUUACCCUCAGUCUGCUGCCUCUCCACAGAGUAUGGACAGCGUCCUGACCUCAGAGGGUGGGGGGAGGCGGGCGCUGCAGACGGUGCCUGGUAUCCCCGGCGGCACAAGAGCGGGAGCUGGGAAGAUUGGACGCAUGAUUGCUGAGGAAGUGAUGGAGAUCCAGAGGAUUCGAGGCUCCUCCCCCUCCAGCUGUGGCUCCAGCCCUCUGAAUAUUACCAGCACACCUCCACCCGACACCUGCUCCCCAGGGGGCAAGAAGAUUCAGAACGGAGGGACGCCCGAGCUGCCCAGCACGGGGAUGCUUCCUGGACCCGACUCUGUUGGCUACCCCUACUCCAACCAGUCCAUCAUGAGUGACAACUCCCACCUGAGCAUAGACAUCAUGGACGAGCCCGGUUCCAGCAGCCCCAGCAACGACGAGGCCGCCAUGGCUGUCAUUAUGUCCCUGCUGGAGGCGGACGCUGGCCUCGGGGGGCCCGUCGACUUCAGCGACCUACCCUGGCCGUUGUGAGGAAGCUGGGAGGGACGAGCCGGAGCUGCUGACGCGGGGUCGACGUCUGGUUGCCACGUUUUCCAACCUGUGUGCAUGACGGCGCCGCAAAAAUGUCCAUCUUAACAAAAAAAAGGAAGAAAAAAACGCUCUGUAGAUACAGAGGAGAUCCUCUCUCUUUAGGUGUCCAUCAGACUGGAUGGCCGUUAGGUUUCACCCCCAAGUUUUUGGUUCGUCAUUCCCUGCAGGUGGAGCUGAGGUCCUGUUAAGAUGCUAAUUUUUCCAGUGCUGGUUUUCUAACGUUGCCACGGUGAGAAGCCAUUUCUCUAACAACGGCGGUGCUGACAUGUCGAUGCUCCUUCACUCUCUACCCCAUCAACCCAAAUUAACAGAAGCCCCCUCCCACCCUCUCUGAGGUUUCCCUGUAGGAUACUGUACAAGCACGGGGACGUGAACACACAACAGAAGAUACUCAGAGGACCUUUAUUCCCAAAACUCCACUACCAGGUGUAUCUCACGUAUUUAAAUUCUUCCUUCUCUUUUGUAAAGACUGAAUUGUUUUGGAAGGCACCGCCCAGCUGCUGUUUCCAGAGUUUACGCAAACUUUUAC